AUGGCUAUGAAGUCUGUUAUCAGCCUGUCCUCUCUCAUCCUGCUGGGUCUGGUCAUUGCCUACCACAUCUGUGAGGUGCAGCUCUACAUCCAUGAUAACGGAUCAGAGGACUGGCAAAUUGCCAUGACAACAGAGCGGGUGAGCCUGAUCGCCCUUGAGCUGUUUGUUGCGGCAGUGCACCCAUUCCCAGUGGGUCUCCCAUUGUCAUGGCAAGCCAUGUCCCCCACGCUGUCAGAGACGGAGCUGGAGAUCGUACUGGCUCUACCCAUGUUCCUGCGACUCUAUCUCCUGGGCCGUGCCUUGAUGCUGCACAGCCGACUAUACACAGACACCGCCUCGCGCAGCAUUGGCGCCCUCAACAAGCCUGCCACUGUGGAUAUUCAUAUUAUUAUUUUGACCUGUAUCCAGAUCCACUUCAACAGCCGUUUUGUGGUCAAAACCCUGAUGACCAUCUACCCUGGCACUGUGUUGAUGAUCUUCAGCGUCUCUCUGUGGCUAGUUGCUGCCUGGGGCCUACAUGUCUGUGAGAGACACCACAACUAUAAGGACCUGAGCAGUAACUACAUGGAGGCCCUGUGGAUGGUCUCGGUCACCUUCUUGUCCAUUGGUUACGGGGAUGUUGUUCCCCACACCUACUGUGGCCGCAGCAUCUGUCUACUCACUGGCAUCAUGGGGGCUGGUUGCACAGUGCUGGUGGUUGCCGUGGUUGCCAGGAAACUGGAGCUGACUAGGGCAGAGAAACAUGUCCACAACUUCAUGAUGGACUCCCACUUUACAAAAGGGAUAAAAAUUGCUGCAGCAAAUGUACUGAGAGAGACUUGGAUGAUCUACAAACACACCAAGCUUGCCAGGAAGAGAGAUCACUGCAGAGUACGCAUGCACCAAAGGAAGCUGCUACUCGCCAUCCACCAGCUGCGUGAUGUGAAGAUGGAGAGGAGGAAGUUGGCUGACCAGGCCAACACGCUUGUUGAUCUCUGCAAGAUGCAGAAUCUGAUGUAUGACAUGCUGUCAGAGGUGAGUGGAUUACGAGGGGACCUGGAAACACACACAAACAGUCUGCAGCAGAAUGUGGAGGAGCUGAGAGAAGGCUUCAGGACCCUGAUACCCCUCCUCUCCAGCACCCUCUCCACACAGAACUCUUCCAUCCGCCACCUGCUAAGGGAGAGGGAAGAGCAGGCAGACACAGAGAAUGGGAGGGCAGGAUAGGUAAGAUAGCAAGACAGAUGGCAGGUAUGGGUUGUGCAUCAUCACGGGAAGAGGUAGAGAGUGAUGGGGAACAGUUGGGAUCAGGAUAAUUAUGGGAUUUAGGUCAGGCUAAAAUGAAAUUAGAUUAAUUUUAGGCAGGAAAUAAGGCUACAUCAGGGAUGCAAACUGGUGAAGGCCCAAAAAGGUAACUGAAACAUGUAAAAACAAUGUUUGUUAAAAUGCAGGUUUUAACUAAUUAAACAAAGAAUAUGAUCCAAAUGAUCAGUCUCUGUGUGUAAAAUAGUGGUUAAUGUUAACAAACAGGCACAAGGCUACAUGUGUGCAAAAAUAACAUUCACUGAGUAAAACAUGUAAUAAUACCCCCUCACACACGUGCUACUAUCAAAUCCAACACAUCAAAAGCAAUAUCUUUGGGCUACACUGCAUUGUACACUUUCUGCCUGUGGACAUUUCUUCUACAAUGUCCCAGUAGAGCAUGAUACCCUUUGUUGGCAUAACUGAUCUCUUUCAGGCAGAGAGUACACCUGGCAUAACCCUUUUUAGCCACUGUAUUGAAAAAGUGAGAGAGAGAAAGUGUGUGGUGUUUCUUUCACCUAGUGGCAUCCAGCUUAAGCCAGGCCCAG